AUGCACUGUGGGCUGCUCGAAGAGCCUGAUAUGGAAUCCACAGAAAGCUGGAUUGAAAGGUGCCUGAAUGAAAGCGAGAGCAAACCCUAUUCCAGCCACACGUCCCUAGGGAAUAUGUCCACAGACGAAAAUGAAGAGAAGGAAAACAACCGGGCAUCUAAACGCCAUUCAACACCUGCAACUUUACAAUGGUUGGAGGAGAACUACGAGAUUGCUGAGGGUGUGUGUGUCCCUCGCAGUGCACUUUACAUGCACUACCUAGACUUCUGUGAGAAGCAUGGCACACAGCCUGUCAAUGCUGCUAGUUUUGGGAAGAUAAUAAGGCAGCAGUUCCCUCAGUUAACGACACGAAGGCUGGGAACCAGGGGCCAGUCAAAGUACCACUACUAUGGCCUAGCGGUGAAGGAGAGCUCACAGUACUACGAUGUGAUGUACUCCAAGAAGGGUGGCGCCUGGGUAAAUGAGACGGGCAAGAAAGAGGUUACCAAGCAGACAGUGGCGUAUUCACCCCGCUCCAAACUGGGCACUCUGCUGCCAGAAUUUCCAAAUGUCAAAGACCUAAAUCUGCCUGCCAUUCUGCCAGAACAGAAGGUUUCAACAUUUAUCAUGAUGUACAGAACUCACUGCCAGAGAAUACUAGACACCGUUAUACGAGCCAAUUUCGAUGAGGUCCAGAGCUUCCUGUUGCAUUUUUGGCAAGGCAUGCCUCCACACAUGCUGCCUGUUUUGGGCUCAUCCACUGUAGUAAACAUCGUAGGGGUUUGUGACUCCAUCUUAUACAAAGCCAUUUCAGGGGUCCUCAUGCCCACAGUCCUACAGGCCCUGCCUGAUAGCCUGACUCAGGUCAUCAGGAAAUUUGCUAAGCAGCUUGAUGAGUGGUUGAGGGUGGCUCUGCACGAUCUGCCUGAGAACCUGCGUAACAUCAAGUUUGAAUUGUCAAGAAGAUUCUCACAGAUCCUCAAGCGGCAAACGUCAUUAAAUCAUCUUUGUCAGGCGUCACGGACCGUCAUCCACAGUGCAGAUAUCACCUUUCAGAUGCUGGAGGACUGGAGAAAUGUAGAUCUGAACAGCAUCACUAAGCAGACACUUUACACAAUGGAGGACUCGCGGGAGGAGCAGAGACGACUCAUAAUCCAAUUGUAUCAGGAGUUUGACCGGCUGCUAGAGGACCAGUCCCCUAUUGAAGCGUAUAUCGAGUGGCUGGACUCUAUGGUGGACAGAUGUGUUGUUCGGGUGGCAGGGAAGAGACCUGGGUCCCUGAAGAAGGUUGCUCAGCAGUUUCUUCUCAUGUGGUCCUGUUUUGGGACAAGAGUGAUCCGGGACAUGACUCUGCACAGCGCCCCCAGCUUCGGCUCUUUCCAUCUGAUUCACCUGAUGUUUGAUGACUAUGUGCUAUACCUGCUGGAGUCACUGCACUGCCAGGAAAGAGCCAAUGAGCUCAUGAGGGCCAUGAAGGGAGAAGGAACAACGGCAGACAGUAGUGAAGAUAUGGUGCUAACUGAGAGCACCUCAGUGUCACCUGAACCCUACUCUCCUGCAAAGUCGGUGCCCUCGGUGGGAGCUGUAGCCACCAGCACCCCAACUUCAGCUCAAUCCCCAGAAUACAACAGUGUGUCUGUUACCUCAGGAGCUCUUCAGUCAUAUACAUGGUCCCUUACAUACACAGUGACCACGUCAGGAGGCAAUCCCCCCGAUGGAGGAUCCCAGCUGUCCUGCAUGCGUAGCAGUGCCCCGGUGCACCCUACCUCAUCAGCACACCGGAUGCAAGUCUACCCCUACAGAGACGAGCAUGGAUACACGGGCAGCUAUAACUACAGCAGCUACACGAACCAGCAUCAUCAUGCCAUCCAGAGCCAGUAUCCAAGCCUGCCCCAUGACGCAGCCCUCCCCACCCCGCUGCACUAUUCCUCUUACCACCGAUCUUCUGCACAGUACUCAUUGAACAGCCCGAUGUCCCGCAUGGAGCCUUGUCUAAUGGGUGGUACUCCUCGGCUACAUGCGACCCCGGUGACCCCCCGCUGGCCAGAUGUUCCUUCAGCCAACAGCUACUCCAGCACUCCUAUGCACUCAACACGCUAUGCCUCUACAGGGGAUAUGUACUCCUCAUUGACACCACGCAGAAACUCUGAAUAUGAGCAUGCACAACAUUUUCCUGGCUUUGCCUAUAUUAGUGGAGAAGCUACUACAGGGUGGGCCAAAUAGCCAACUUUUUGUCCAUUCAGAAAUAUCUGCAGAGAUGUGGAGAGUGAAUCAGCACAUGUAUGGAGAAAGGAAGGGAUCCAGCAAAGCCAAGGAACAACCAGCAUCAUACACCCAACAUAUGUGUCAGUGGAGGACUGGAAAGUAUACAAGAGCUGCACAAACUCACUUUCUCAACAAGCAGAAAUAUUGUGACGUGAUGACAGUGCAGAUCUAGCCUAAGCGUGCCUUUUAAUUAUCUUUAAAUUCCUGAUUUUCAUUCCUUCUCCAAAUUCCUGGACUGUGGCCUAGAUUAAUUCUGAAAGUAUGCA